AUGAAAAUAUAUAAAAUAUUUUAUAUCCUUAACGUUAUUUUUUACAACUUGCUAGCAAUACACUUGGGAGAAGGAGCAGAAGCUGAACAAAAUCCUGGUAAAAUAUGCUUAAAUAAAAAAAAAAAUAUAUAUAUAUAUAAAAUUAAUUAUUAUAAUAUUAUAAAAAUUUUAAAUUACAAUUGUAGAUUUAUUAAAAGUAAUGUUGAUGAUAUUAAUGAAAUGCCACCUCAAUUAAUAACUGAAAAUUUUGCAUUAAAUUACUUCAAUGACUCUCUCAAAGAUCCUUUUGAAGAAGUUAUUUUGGCUAAUGACAUUGUAUUGAAACAUAUUUUUAGAACAUAUAGUAAUUAUUCUAAUGAAGAAAAAAAAGCUAUGUUAUUAGAUUACACUGGUUUAUCGAGAUUUGUUAAGUAUUUUUUAGGAGCAUGUAUAGAUGUUACUACAGAAAAACAUGAAAUUUUUUUAGCACAUAAAAUUAUGUAUGAAUUAAAAAAGAAAUAUACAGAAGAAAGCGAUGAAAUAAAUCCAAGCGAGAGAAUUAAUAUUACAAAAUGUUUUUGGGAAAACGAGCGUUUUGAGAGAACAUGUUCUAUUUUUUGGUACAAAAUGAUGAUUGAAAUAAAAAAUAUUUUUAAGAGUAAUAAAUUUUUUUGUUCUUUAAGCCCUAAAGACCAAAGUAAUAUUUGGAUUCAAUGGUACAAUAAUAUGAAAGAUGAAUGGUUAGAAAAACAAACUUCACAUUUAAAAAUGGUCAUGGAAAAAUUUGAUAAAGGAGAAUCUUGUGAAGGAUUUGAAAAUUUUAUGCGUUGUUCAGAAUAUAUCCUAAAUUCAUGUACAUAUUUAUAUAGAAGUUUAUCCGUAAAUUAUCUAGAAAGUAUUGUAAAAGAAUCAUUGGAAAAAAAAGGAGAAAAAGAAAAAAUUGAUGAAUUAGAACUAGAAAGUGAGUCUGCAUCAGGAAGUAUAUCAUUAUCAUCAGAAUCAAGAUUAGAUACAGAAGAAGAUACUUCACGUAGGUCUCAUUUAAGAUUGGGGUUAGAGUCCACAAUGGAAUCAGAAUUAGAGAAUGUAUCGACUGAAGAAAAUGAAAAUGAAACCGAUUGA